ACGUUGUAUUAUUUCAUAUUCUCGUGGCUCAAAAGAUUGGUUAAGGUUGUUGGAGCUAGCCCUAACAAGACAUGGAGAACCCCCAGACACAAAACUGGUUCCAAAGAGUGAAACCGUUCGCAGCUGUGGUAUCAAUCCAGCUUGGAUAUGCUAUUAUGGAUGUUCUAUCCAAGACUGCAAUGAACAAAGGAAUGAGCAAUUACGUGUUUGUCGUUUAUCGCCAUGCUGUUGCAUUCAUUGUCAUAGCUCCUUUGGCAUGGUUUUUUGACAAGAAAGUGAGGCCAAAGAUGACAUUGUCAAUUUUCAUAAAGAUUGUGGUGCUCAGCUUGCUAGAGCCAGUUAUUGAUCAGAAUUUGUAUUUUUUGGGGAUGAAGUACACAACAGCAACCUUUGCUGUUACCAUGAUCAAUAUCCUUCCAGCCAUCACCUUUAUCUUCGCAUGCAUUUUUAGGCUUGAAAAGAUAAAAAUAAGAAGUAUACACAGCCAAGCAAAGGUGGUAGGAACUCUAACAACUGUUUCGGGUGCUAUGGUGAUGACACUGUUGAAAGGUCCAGUGCUUUUCGGGUCACACAGAAGCAAUGAUGACAGCCAGAAUGGGACAAGUACUCAACAUACAAUAACGGGAUUCAUAAUGAUCACAAUUGGAUGCUUUUCUUGGGCGUCUUUUAUGAUCCUACAGGCUAUUACGCUUAAAAGCUACCCUGCAGAACUCUCUCUUUCUGCGUGGAUAUGCCUAAUGGGCACAAUUGAAGGUGCUGUAGUGGCUAUGAUUAUGGAAAGGGGCAACCCUUCAGUUUGGUCUAUAAAAUUCGAUGUCAGACUGCUCUGUGCUAUCUACACCGGCAUAGUGUGCUCGGGAGUGGCUUAUUACUUGCAAGGAGUAGUAAUGCAAACUAGAGGCCCAGUCUUUGUAACAGCAUUUAGUCCCCUCGGCAUGGUAAUCGUGGCCAUCAUGGGCUUCUACUUUCUUUCCGAGCAAGUCUUCCUCGGAAGAUUGAUCGGUGCUAUAAUCAUUUGUUUGGGCCUGUACGUUGUGGUGUGGGGUAAAAGCAAAGAUUACAGCCCACCAAGCCCAAAUACUCAAGAGCCCAUAUUACCAGCUAAGCAAAUAAUGGACAAGGACAAUGACUAUGCUAACGAAAAUUGCACCGUCAACAAUUUUGGAAAUGGAAUGGCUACUCAAAAUGAAGAAGUGUGAGGAUACUCCAGCUAUGACAGUUCCUAGUUGUUUAAUCUUUCAAUUACGAUUUCUGAGAGCAAAGAUUUUUACCUUUGUUAAGUCAUCUCAACAAGGUAAGGUAUAUAACUAACUAGUAGUAGUCAAGCUGUGGAAAUAGAUAAUGUUGCAUUGCUAGUAGAUAUCACGGUGCAAUAGCAGCAAUAAGUUACAAAAUCCUUUAUCUGUCAAAGGACGAUUAAACCCACUAGAUACAUGAAAGAGAAUAUCACAGAAUAUUUUCUUGUAUUAAUAAGACCUUCACAACAAAAUCAAUUUACCUUCAUGAAA